CUGUUCGGUCCACUGCCCCUUUAAAUACUGCACAGAAAACCACCACUCCCAAUCCCAACACCAAAAAACUACACAUAAAUUCAAGAGAUUAUUGCCCAGGAAUUCUGUUGAAGGAAAGAUGGCGGAUAUAGCAAUUCUGGUGGCGGAGGAGUACGAGAGGAGGGUGAAGAGCUCCAGAAAAAGCGGCGGGGAAGAGAUCCAACUGCUCUCCUGUGCCGGAGUUUUGGGGCAGAAUUUGAGAGGAUCGUCGUCGGCGUCGUCGUCUUGGAUGAAGGAGAAGCUGAUGUCGAUGAAGGAGGAGAAAAUGGGGGGAAUUAUGGUUAAAGGGGCUGGUCUGGAGCCCAAAUCCCAGCUGAGUCUUGCUGCCAGAAAUGGCUUUUUCUCUGCUUGAAGAAAAGAAAAAAAGAAAAAAGAAAAGCAGAGGGAAAAAUCUGCUUCUGUCUAUGUAUGUAUAUGUAUGUGUUCUACUUCUUGAUCAAUGAGGCUGUAAGUAAUUCUUACUUACCUAAUUUCUCUCUCUCUCUCUC